AUGGCGCCUCAUCCCUCGUGUGCGCCCCCUGUCCAAGUGACCCACGAGACGGAGCAGCGCUUCCUGGGAGCCUCGGACGACGAAGUGACCUGCGUCGCAUCCACUCCACCCAGCCCCACUCGCGUGUUGGAGAACUGCGCCGAGACGGAAGGGGGCGCCUGCCGAGGGGCCUCGAGGAAGCUCCGGGCGCGGCGCGGGGGGCGCAGUCGCCCCAAGAGUGAGUUGGCUCUGAGCAAACAGCGAUGGAGCCGGCGCAAGAAGGCCAACGACCGCGAGCGCAAUCGUAUGCAUAACCUCAACUCUGCGCUGGACGCGCUUCGCGGCGUCUUGCCCACCUUUCCGGACGACGCGAAGCUCACCAAGAUAGAGACGCUGCGCUUCGCCUACAAUUAUAUCUGGGCGCUGACGCAGACGCUGCGCAUAGCGGACCACAGCCUCUACGGGCUGGAGCCGCUGGCGCCGCCCUGCGAGGAGCUGGCCAGCCCAGACGGCGGUUCCCCGGGAGACUGGGGCUCCCUCUAUUCCCCGGUCUCCCAGGCCGGAAGCCUGAGCCCCGCCGCCUCGCUGGAGGACCGACCUGGGCUGCAGGCGCCUGUUUCCCCGGCCUGCCUGCACCCUGGCGCUCUGGCCUUUUCAGACUUUCUAUGA